AUGGGGAUGAAGCUGUUUGACAAUGGUGGCUCCGAUUCUGAUGACUUGUCCAAAAUAGAAAUCAACAAAGAGUUCGCACGCAGAUAUGAGCAUAACAAGAAACGUGAAGAUAUACAGCGGUAUGAAGAGAUGAAGAAGAAAGGUGUGAUUGAUUCGGACAUAGAUAGCGAGGAAGAAGAUGAGUCAUCUGAAGACGAGGAGAAUAUUGUCAAUUAUUCGAGAAAGCAGGAUUUGCAGUUCUUUGAUGCUUUAAUAAAGGUCAAAAAGCAAGAUCCUUCACUUAAAAAUAAAGAUGCUAAGCUAUUUGAUUUGGAUAAUGAGGAUGAAACUGAAGAUAAUAAUAAGGAAAAGAAAAGGAAGCCGAUGUAUCUGAAAGAUGUGACUGCAAAGCAUUUGAUUGAGAAAGGGCCUGAGUUUGAUGAUGAAGAUGAUGAAGAGGAAAACAAGGGUAAGAAAAAGAGUUAUUCUGAAGAACAGGAGGUAUUAAGAAAGGAGUUUUUGGAUGCUGUAGGUGAUGAAGACGAUGAUGAUGAUGAUUUGUUGAAGGUAAAGAAUGAUAAAAGGGGAAUCGAAGAUGAAGAUGAAGAUGAAGUUGAGUAUGAAAAGAAGCUAGAUGAGUAUUUUGAAGAGGAUGAAAAGUUAGAUGAAAAUGAAAAGUUUUUGAAGGAUUAUUUCAGGAAAAAGAUGUGGUUAGAUAAAGAGGCCGGUAGUAGCAACCACUUAAAUGAUGUGGAAUUAGAUGUUUCAGAGGAUGAAGAGGAGUUAGAGAGACAAGAGAAUUUCGAAAGAGAAUUCAAUUUUAGGUUUGAAGAAAAUGCAGGUGAUAGAGUUAUGGGGUUUUCAAGAAAGGUUGAUGGUUCAGUGAGGAAGAAGGACAAUGCAAGAAAGUUACAAAGAAAAAACAAAGAGGAAAGGAUAGCACUAGCAGAGCUUGAAAGAAAAGAAGAACUGAAACAUAUGAAGAACUUGAAGAAGAAAGAGAUGAAUGAGAAGAUUAGAAAGAUUAGAGAAACAGCAGGAAUUGGUGAAAAUGAAGUUUGUUUAUUAGAUGAACAUGAUCUUGAGGAGGAAUUCGAUCCUGAUGAGCAUGAUAGAACAAUGAAGAAAGCUUUUGAUGAAAACUUCUAUGAAGCUGAUGAUGUGGACCCACGAUUUGGUAGUGAAGAAGAAGAAGAAGAUGGUGAAUUGGAAAAACCAAACUUUGAUGAAGAAGACCAGUUUCUUGGGCUUCCAAAAGGGUGGGAAAAUGAAUAUGGAUCCGGUGAUGGAUUCUUGGCUACUAGAGAAAAAACUCUUAAGGGCAAGAUUGACAAUUCAAAUAAUGAAGAAGAUAAGAAGAAGAAAAGGAAAAGGUCUGAAGAAGAGGAGGAGGCGAUUAAGAAAGAGUUAGAAGAGUAUUAUAAAUUGGACUAUGAGGAUACAAUUGGGGAUUUGAAAACAAGGUUUAAAUACAGACCUGUUAACAAGAACACUUAUGGAUUGAAAGCAAAAGAGAUUUUGGUUGUUGAUGACAAGGAGUUGAAUCAGUUAGUUCCUUUGAAGAAGUUGGCUACUUACAGAGAAGAUGAAUUCAUUGUUCCUCGCCAUAAGAUAAAGGAACAUAAACAGAGGAUUAAAUCUCUUAUUAAGGGGGAGACUUCUGAGAAUGGUGGAAAGAGGAUCAAACAUGAUGUUGAGAAAUCUAAUGAACAAGUGAUUGAUGAUGCACACACUGAAGGUGAAAAAGUACUUUCUAGGAAACAGAGAAGAAAGAAGAAGCUGAGUGAAUUCAAGCUGCCACCUUCAAGGCUUUUAGCAUAUCAGAAGAUUACAGGAGCUAAAUCCAGUAACAAAAGGAAACACAAAGCUUAA